AUGACCACCGUCCUGGCCACGCUCCGUCCAGGACAAUCAACUUCCCCUGCCGGGGGGACAACUCUACCGGCCGGCAACGGCACAGGCCAAUGCACUGUAGCGACGGUGAUCACGAUCACACAGACUACCACUGCAACCGCGCCCACUAAUACAGGGUCUCCAACCGGAGCUCUGUCACCAAUCAUUCUCAGCAUCGAAUAUGUAAAUACCCCGACGGCCGUGCCAAAGGCGCGGGCUCCGGCACCGAUAUGGAAGUUCUGGGAUCGCCGGCAAGCGCCAGCUGCCGUGGCUGAUCUUGGCUAUGUCGGAACCAUUGGCGACGAGAACCCAAAGGGAUGUUCAGGUGCCUUUGAGUACAUUCUCGACGAUAGCAAGCUUUUGUACUAUUCAAGUCCGGCCAACGGGCUCUCAGUCGACCCGGGCGUGCCGCUCAUCAGCAUCCCGGCCGCACAGCCGGGCUCCAUCACGACGGCUUUCUCCAUCGUGAACCGUCAGCUUCGGUGGACGGACAGCUCUUUCUACAACGACAGAGCGAGGUUCUGCCAGGCCGCGAAUGGCACCGUGUUUGCUUCAUUCGUGCAAAACGGGUUCCCUGCCGGCUGCCAGCCUGUUAAUCUGGUUACUUAUUCCGUCCAACAAUGCGUCAACAACCAGAUUGUACCCUCAUCUCAGCUGCCACCUCCGCCCAACACCAACACCGAAAACAAUGGCGGCGUCCCAUCUGGCCAACCUGGCGGGUCGCCAAGCGAGACCGGUGGCCCUGGCAAUACUGGUGGCCCCGGCAAUACUGGUGGCCCUGGCAAUACUGGUGGCCCUGGCAAUACCGGUGGCCCAGGAGCGACCGGUGGCCCAGGCGAUACUGGUGCUCCUGGCAAUCCGGGAGGCGGGACCGAUGGUGGAAAUCCCAGCGGCACGGGUGACGGGGGAAACACAGGAGCACCUGGUCCUGUCGUAACUGUCACUGUUCCACCGACCUCUCAACCGACUGAUGGAAAUCCCAAUCCCAACCCCAACCCCAAUCCAAACCCUAAUUCGGGCGUCACGCUAACUGAUGACACAGGUAACACGGAUGGGACUGAUGACAACGGAAACACAUUACCUCCCGGGCCCCCCAACUCUGGAGAUCCAGUCACUGUCACUGUCACGAGUGGCGACACGGGGCCCAACACUGGAGCACCGGGGCCUAUCGUCACCAACCCUACGUCAGGGGGACCACCGAAUACAGAUGUUCCAGGUCCCUCCGGCUCGUCCAGCUUCUCCGACGGGUCCAUCCUCCCAACGCUUGCGUCCUCGAGCCCCUCGGGAUCUGGAAACCCCACGGGCCCGGAACCGACAAACAACACUGGAGACCCAGGACCCCCGAUUUCAUCGGACAACACCAUUGUGCCAACUUUUGUCUCUUCUUCCUCUGGCCCUGCGACCCUCGCUUACGUCGAUUUCGUCGAGCUCAUCGAGCUUUUUGAGCCAGUCCAUUCUACCGACCUUUGUCUCUUCCUCUUCUUUUUCUAUCGCCUCAUCGACGCGUUCGGAUACGGAAACGACAAACACCGGAGAUCCAGGUCCCUCGCUCACCUCGAUUUUAUCAAGCGUAUCAAGCUCCUCGAGUCCCACGAUUACCAGCUCGUCGGGUACCAGGUCGUCCUCGUCGAGCGUCUCAAGCGGAUCUAUUCUGCCGACUCUGGUCUCGGACUCGUCGAGCUCCUCAAGCGUGCGGAGUUCAAGUAG